GACGGCGAGGGAGGCGCGAGGAGGUGCCGGAGCGGGCCUGGCACGGCGGCGAUGGGGAGCCGGGGCGGCCGGGCGGCGCGCGGCGGCGGUGGCCCGGCGCAGACCCCGCGGCCGCGCUCCCCUUGGCAGGCUGCACGGUGAGGGGCCCGAGGCUCGGGAUCGCGACCGUCCCUCCUCCGCCAGCCCACGGCCGCGGGCGGCGGCGAGCGGCCCUCGGCCCGGAGAGCGCGCGGGCACUGCGGCGGCGGAGAGCGCGGAGGAAGCACGGAGCGGAGCGGCGCGGGCUGCCGGCGGAGCUCGGGAUGGAUGUGUGAGCUGAUGGAUGUGACCAUGAUGUGCUGCGUGGGCAUGCGGCCGACCCACUCCUGCCUCAUCCUCCUGCUCCUCUGGCUCCUGAGCAUUGUGUCCCAGGGACUGGCCGGGGCCACUGGGCCCCAGGGCUUCCGCUUCACACACCCCACCUACAACGCCACCGUCUACGAGAACUCAGCCGCCCGCACCUACCUCCGCAGCCAGAGCCGAAUGGGCAUCACCCUGGUGGAUACCUCCUGGGACGUCAAGUACAGGAUCGUGUCUGGGGACGAGGAGGGCUUCUUCAAAGCUGAAGAGGUCGUCAUCGCGGACUUCUGCUUCCUCCGCAUCCGGACCAAGGGCGGCAACACAGCCAUCCUGAACCGGGAGAUCCAGGACCACUACUCGUUGGUGGUAAAGGGUACUGUCCGGGGGGAGGACCUGGAGGCCUGGACCACAGUCAGCGUUCAGGUGCUGGACAUGAACGACCUGCGGCCACUCUUCUCGCCCACCACUUACUCGGUCACCGUGGCCGAGAGCACACCCCUGCGGACCAGCGUGGCCCAGGUGACGGCCACAGACGCCGAUGUCGGCUCCAACGGGCAGUUCUACUACUACUUCAAGGGCCGGGUGGAUCUCUUCUCCGUGCACCCCACCAGUGGGGUCGUGGCCCUGAGCGGGCGGCUCAACUAUGACGAGAAGAGCCGCUAUGACCUGGAAGUCCUGGCUGUGGACCGCGGCAUGAAGCUCUACGGGAACAACGGGGUGAGCAGCACGGCCCGGCUCUAUGUACAUGUGGAACGCCUCAACAGCCAUGCACCCACACUGCACGUGGUGGCACACACGCCCUCCGCGCCGGGCCCAGAGCCCACCUACGCCGUGGUGACCGUGGAUGACCCUGAUGAGGGCGCCAACGGCGAGGUGGACUCGGUGGCCAUUGUGGCUGGUGACCCCUCAGGUCAGUUCUUCCUGGCCAGGGAGGGCCGGUGGGGUGGUGAGUACCGGAUCAAGGAGAGACGGCGGGUGGACUGGGAGAGCGUUCCCUAUGGCUACAACCUCACUCUGCAGGCCAAGGACAGGGGCUCACCACAGAGGUUCUCCGCUGCCAAGGUGGUACACAUCGCCAGCCCCCAGCGAGACGUGAGCCCGGCCCGAUUCCAGAAGGACAGCUACGAGGUGAGCAUCAGCGAGUUCUCCCCGCCUGGCACACUGGUGGCACUUACGAGGUUGGACCCUGAGCCACGGGGGGUGGAAUACCGGCUCGCUCCCGGGGAGGACGCCUGGUUCUUCAGGAUCAACCCCCGGUCAGGGCUGAUUGUCACCGCACGGCCGCUAAAUGCGGCCGGAAAAGAGGUGUUCACGCUGGCUGUGACAGCCCAGGCUGGGGAGCUGCGGGCCCCAGUGACUGUGCGCAUCGAGGAUGCCAACGACCACACACCUGAGUUCCAGCAGCCACUGUACGAGGCGCAUGUGAACGAGAGCGUGCCCGUGGGCACGGCUGUGCUGGCGGUGGCAGCGGCUGACAAGGACCGCGGCGAGAACGGCUACAUCACCUACAGCAUCGCCAGCCUGAAGGCCCUGCCCUUCGCCAUCAAUCAGUUCACGGGGCUUAUCAGCACCACGGAGGAGCUGGACUUCGAGUCCUCCCCGGAGACCUACCGGUUCGUUGUCCGCGCCUCUGACUGGGGCUCACCCUACCGUCACGAGAGUGAAGUCAAUGUCACCGUGCGCCUGGGCAACCUCAACGACAACCGCCCCCUCUUUGAGCAGGCGGCCUGCCAGGGCACGCUGCCCCCUGACUUCCCCGUGGGCACCCACAUUGCUGCUGUGUCUGCCAUCGACAUCGACGAGCUGGCGCUGGUCAAAUACAAGAUCAUCUCGGGUAACGAGCAGGGCUUCUUCUCCCUGGACCCCGACUCAGGCGUGCUGCAGCUGAGGAAGCCACUGACCGCCAGCAGCCCCAGAAAUGCGCACUUUGCCCUGUGGGUCACGGCCAGCGAUGGGGAGAACCUGGCAGAGCCCAUGUCUGUGAACAUCUCGGUUGUCCAUGGCCAAACACCCUCCAGGAGUUUCAGCUGCCAAGAGACCCGCGUGGCCCAGAAGCUGGCCGAGAAGCUGCUGCUCAAGGCGCGGGCGGAUGUCAGGCUGGCACCUGAGGAUGGCUUCCUGGACUUCUACUCGGCCAAUCGCCAGGGCCCUCGGUUUGACAAGGCCUUUCCCUCGGACGUGGCGGUGAGAGAGGACCUGCCGGUGGGCGCAGACAUCCUGAAGAUCGGGGCCUCGGACCCCGAUGCAGGCUUCAAUGGCAAAGUGCUGUACACCAUUGCAGAUGGCAACUCGGACAGCUGCUUCGCCAUCGGCAUGGAGACGGGGCAGCUGCAGGUGCUGCUGCCGCUGGACCGGGAGCGCACUGACCGCUAUGUACUCAACAUUACCAUCUACGACCUGGGCAACCCACAGAGAUCCUCCUGGCGACUGCUGACCAUCAAUGUGGAGGACGCCAACGACAACAGCCCCAUCUUCCUGCAGGACACAUACUCAGUCAGCAUCCCUGAGAGCACUGGCAUCGGCACGGACAUCAUCCAGGUGGAGGCCCGGGACCGGGACCUGGGUGCCAACGGGGAGGUGGUGUAUGCAGUGCUGACUGACUCCCGGCACUUCUCCAUCAACAGCUCCACUGGUGUCGUCUCUGUUGCCGACCAGCUGGACCGGGAAACCAGAGCCAACUACUCGCUGAAGAUUGAGGCCCGGGACCAGGCGGCCAUGGGCCAGCAGCUGGCCUCGGUGGUGACGCUGUGGGUGAUCCUGGAGGAUGUGAAUGACUGUGCCCCGGCCUUCGUUCCCAGCAGCUAUGGCGUCAGGGUGCUGGAAGACCUGCCCGUGGGCGCGGUCAUCGCCUGGCUGGACACUCAGGACCCUGACCUGGGGCUGGGCGGCCAGGUGCGCUACUCACUGGUCAGUGACCACAAUGGCCGCUUCGAGAUCGACCGGGCCAGCGGGGCGCUGCGCCUGAGCCGUGAGCUCGAUUUUGAGAAGCAGCAGUUUUACAACCUCACCGUGCGCGCCAAGGACAAGGGCCGGCCCGUCUCGCUGUCCUCGCUGUCCUUCGUGGAGGUGGAGGUGGUGGACGUCAAUGAGAACUUGCACACGCCUUACUUCCCCGACUUCGCUGCUGUGGGUGCCGUGCGUGAGGAUGCGCGCGUGGGCACCAGUGUGCUGCAGGUGGUGGCCCGCGAUGAGGACCCCGGGAGGGACGGCGAGGUCCAGUACUCCAUCCGUGACGGCAGUGGCCUGGGCCGCUUCACCAUCGAUGACGAGAGCGGAGUCAUCUAUACUGCUGAUAUCCUUGAUCGAGAGACAACAGGGUCAUACUGGCUGACAGUGUAUGCUACAGAUCGGGGUGUUGUUCCACUCUACUCCACUAUUGAAGUCUACAUUGAAAUUGAAGAUGUGAACGAUAACGCCCCACUGACCUCGGAACCCAUUUAUUAUCCUGCCAUCAUGGAAAACUCUCCAAAAGAUGUAUCUGUCAUUCAGAUCCAGGCAGAGGACCCUGACUCUAGUUCCAGUGAAAAACUGACAUAUAGGAUUACAAGUGGGAAUCCUCAGAAUUUUUUUGCCAUCAAUGUCAAAACAGGUCUGAUCACAACCACUUCGAGGAAACUGGAUCGAGAGCAGCAGGCAGAGCAUUUUCUGGAGGUGACGGUAGCAGACGGUGGCCCUGCUCCGAAGCAGUCGACGGUCUGGGUGCUGGUCCAAGUACUCGAUGAGAACGACAACAAGCCUCAGUUCCCGGAGAAGGUCUACCAGAUCAAACUGCCCGAGCGGGACCGGAAGAAGAGAGGAGAACCCAUUUACAGGGCUUUUGCCUUUGACCGUGAUGAGGGCCCCAACGCCGAGAUCUCCUACAGCAUUGUGGAUGGAAACGAAGAUGGGAAGUUCUUUAUCGACCCCAAGACCGGCCUGGUUUCGUCCAGGAAGCAGUUCACAGCAGGCAGCUACGACAUCCUCACGAUAAAGGCCGUGGACAAUGGGCGCCCGCAAAAGGCCUCCACAGCCCGCCUCCACAUCGAGUGGAUCAAGAAGCCACCCCCGUCGCCUGUGCCACUGGCCUUCGAGGAGCCCUUCUAUAACUUCACUGUCCUGGAGAGUGACCGUGUGACGGAGAUUGUUGGGGUGGUGUCUGUGCAGCCCACCAACACCCCUCUGUGGUUCGACAUCGUCGGCGGCAAGCAUGCCCGAGAGAUGUUCUCUAUUCUGCAGACAGCUUGUGGGCAGAACUGCUCAACAGAAGGGGGGAAUUUCGACAGCUCUUUUGACGCAGAGAAGGGUGUUGGGACCAUUGUCAUUGCAAAGCCAUUGGAUGCGGAGCAGAGGUCUGUCUAUAACAUGAGCGUGGAAGUCACCGAUGGGACCAACGUUGCCCUUACUCAGGUAUUUAUCAGAGUGCUAGAUAAUAACGACAAUGGCCCCGAAUUCUCUCAGUCGAACUAUGAGGUGACCGUUUCUGAGGAUAUACUUCCGGACACUGAGAUCCUGCAGAUCGAAGCCACAGACAGAGAUGAGAAACACAAGCUGAGCUACUCUCUGCACAGCAGCAUCGAUACAGCCAGCAUGAGGAAGUUCCGCAUUGAUGGCAGCACCGGUGUGCUCUACACGGCCGAGAGACUGGACCACGAGGCCCAGGACAGGCACAUCCUCAACGUCAUGGUCAGAGAUCAGGAGUUCCCUUAUCGGAGAAACCUGGCCCGUGUCUUUGUGACCGUGGAGGAUGCCAACGACCACAGCCCUUACUUCACCAGCCCACUGUACGAGGCGUCUGUGUUUGAAUCGGCUGCUUUGGGGUCCGCGGUUCUGCAGGUGACAGCUCUGGACAAAGAUAGAGGGGAGAAUGCAGAGCUCACGUACAGCAUCGAAGCAGGUAACACUGGGAAUACGUUUAAGAUGGAGCCGGUGCUGGGCAUCAUCUCCGUUUCCAAAGAACCCGACAUGAUGGCCCUGGGCCAAUUUGUCCUGUCCGUCAAGGUCACAGAUCAGGGCUCCCCACCAAUGUCUGCCACAGCCAUUGUGCGCAUUUCAGUCACCAUGGCGGAUAACGCACACCCCAAGUUCUCCCACAAGGACUACCAAGCAGAAGUGAGUGAAAAUGUGCAUUUCGGAACAUCGGUCGUCCUGAUCUCGGCCAUCAGCCAAUCCACCCUCAUCUAUGAAGUUAAAGACGGGAACACGGAUGGUGCGUUUGCCAUCAAUCCCUACUCAGGGGCCAUCACCACAAGGAGAGCACUGGAUUAUGAGCACACUUCCUCCUACCAGCUCAUCAUCCAGGCCACCAACAUGGCGGGCAUGGCUACCAAUGCCACUGUCAACAUCCAGGUGGUGGAUGAGAAUGACAAUGCCCCGGUCUUCCUCUUUUCCCAGUACUCAGGCAGCCUCAGUGAAGCAGCCCCGGUCAACAGCAUUGUCAGGAGUACGGACAGUGGUCCACUGGUCAUUCGAGCCACAGAUGCAGACAGCAGUCGGAAUGCUCUGCUUGUCUACCAGAUAGUGGAGUCCACAGCGAAAAAGUUCUUCACAGUGGACUCCAGCACAGGAGCAAUCCGAACCAUUGCAGCCCUGGACCACGAAUCCAUUGCCCAUUUCCACUUUCACGUCCAUGUGAGGGACAGUGGGAGCCCCCAGCUGACUGCAGAGAACCCAGUGGAAGUCAGCAUCGAGGUGAUGGAUGUGAAUGACAACCCGCCAGCUUUCACCCAGGCUGUGUUUGAGGCAGUCCUUCUUCUGCCCACCUAUGUUGGCGUGGAGGUUCUGAAAGUCAGUGCCACCGACCCUGACUCACAGGUGCCCUCCGAUCUGACCUACAGCCUCACAGAAGGCAGUUUGGAUCAUUUCCUGCUGGAUCCCCAGAGCGGGGUGCUCAGUGUGAGAAGCCAGCAUUUCUCCAAAGAGCAGUACACACUGAUUGUGAGAGUAUCUGAUGGCAAGUUCUACAGCACGUCCAUGGUCACCGUCUUGGUGAAAGAGGCCAUUGACAGUGGUCUCCGCUUCACUCAGGACCUCUACUCUGCCACCAUCAUAGAGAACAGCACGAACAUAACCAAAGUGGCCAUUGUCAGCGCUGUUGGAAAUCGCCUUAAUGAGCCCCUGAAAUAUAGCAUCUUAAACCCAGGAAACAAGUUCCAGAUAAAAUCUACCUCAGGAGUCAUUCAGACCACUGGAGCCCCCUUUGAUCGCGAGGAACAGGAGCUGUAUGAGCUUGUGGUAGAGGCUAGCCGUGAGCUGGCCCACCUGCGUGUGGCUCGGGUGCUGGUCAGGGUGACUGUGGAGGACAUCAAUGACAAUGCUCCAGUCUUUGUGGGCCUCCCCUACUAUGCUGCUGUGCAAGUGGAUGCUGAGCCUGGGACUCUGAUCCACCGGGUGUCAGCCGUCGACAGAGACCAAGGGGCAAACGGAGAAGUGACCUAUGUCCUCCAGGACAACUAUGGCCACUUUGAAAUCAGCCCUCAUUCAGGUGAUGUGAUUUUAAAGGAAGCCUUCAACUCGGAUUUGUCUAAUAUUGAGUAUGGUGUGACCGUCUUAGCCAAGGACGGGGGCCAGCCCUCUCUGUCCUCCUCUGUGGAGCUCCCCAUCACCAUUGUCAACAAGGCGAUGCCCGUGUUUGACAAGCCUUUCUAUAUGGCAUCCGUCAGUGAGGAUGUUGGCGUGGACACACCCAUCCUGAGCAUCAACGCCACCAGCCCCGAAGGCCAGGGCAUCAUAUACAUCAUCAUUGAUGGGGAUCCGCUCAGACAGUUCAAUGUUGAUUUUGACACUGGGGUCCUGAAAGUCGUCAGCCCUUUGGAUUAUGAGCUCACAUCCGUCUACAAGCUGACCGUGAGGGCCAGCGACGCGAUCACAGGUGCCAGGGCUGAAGUCACAGUGGAUCUGCUGGUGAAGGACGUGAAUGACAAUGCCCCUGUCUUUGACCAGCCCAUGUACAAUACCUCCCUGUCGGAAGCAUCUCUCAUCGGGACCCCGGUCUUGCAAGUCAUCUCCACAGACGCAGACUCCGAAAACAACCGAAUGGUGCAUUACCAGAUUGUCCCUGACACUCACAAUAGCACCGACUACUUCCACAUCGAUAGUGCCAGUGGCCUGAUCCUGACGGCACGGAUGCUGGACCAUGAACUCAUGCAGCUCUGUACCUUAAAGGUUAGAGCGACAGACAGCGGCUUCCCGGCCCUGAGCAGUGAGGUCCUGGUCCACGUCUACCUCUCAGACAUCAACGACAACCCCCCUGUCUUCCACCAGCUCAUCUACGAGUCCUAUGUGAGUGAGCUGGCCCCCCGAGGCCACUUUGUCACCUGUGUACAGGCCUCUGACGCAGACAGCUCCGAUGUGGAGCAGCUGGAAUACAGCAUCUUAUCCGGGAAUGACCACGCCAGCUUCCUGAUGGACAGCAGAAGCGGCAUCAUCACACUGUCAAACCACCGCAAGCAGCGGAUGGAACCUCUCUACAGCCUCAAUGUGUCUGUGUCUGACGGGCUGUUCACCAGCACCGCCCAGGUGCAUAUCCGGGUCCUUGGGGCCAACCUGUACAGCCCCGCCUUCUCCCAGAGCAUCUACGUGGCCGAGGUGCGAGAGAAUGCAGCUGCUGGGACAAAGGUCACUCAUGUCCGGGCCACAGAUGGGGAUCCUGGUGCCUAUGGGCAGGUGAGCUACACCAUCAUCAACGACUUUGCCAAGGACCGCUUCCUCAUAGAUGGUAAUGGCCAGCUCACCACCGCCGAGCGGCUCGACCGGGAAAACCCUCUGGAAGGGGAUAUCAGCAUCUUUGUGAGGGCCCUGGACGGUGGUGGGAGGGCAGCCUUCUGCACCGUGCGGGUAAUAGUUGUGGAUGAAAAUGACAAUGCCCCCCAGUUCAUGGCCGUGGAGUACAGGGCCAGUGUGCUUGCAGAUGUGGGCAGGGGCCACCUGGUCACACAGGUGCAAGCCUCAGACCCCGACGAUGGUGCCAACUCCAGGAUCACUUACUCCCUCUACAGCGAGGCCUCCGUCUCCGUGGCUGACCUCCUGGAAAUUGACCCUGACAAUGGCUGGAUGGUCACAAAGGGCACGCUGAGCCCACUGAGGAACACGGUGCUGUCGUUCUUUGUCAGAGCCGUUGACGGGGGCGUGCCCAUCAGACAUGCCCUCAUUCCUGUCUAUGUGCACGUUCUGCCCCCGGACACCAUCCUACCAGCCUUCGCCCAAUCCCAGUACUCGUUCGCCAUCUCAGAAGACGCUGCCGUUGGGAGCACGGUGGACACACUCAAGAUCCUGCCCAGUCAGAGUGCCCGGUUCAGCACAGUUAAUGGAGAGCGGCCAGAGAAUAACAAAGGGGGCGUCUUUGUCGUGGACCAGGACACAGGCACUAUCAAGCUCGACAAGCGCCUGGAUCGUGAGACAAACCCUGCUUUCCACUUCAAAGUGGCUGCCACCAUCCCCUGGGAGAAGGUGGACGUCGUGUUCACUGCAGACGUGGAUGUCAAGGUGUUGGAUCUGAAUGACAACAAGCCCAUCUUUGAAACCCCCAACUACGAGACGAUCAUAAUGGAAGGGAUGCCUGUGGGCACCAAACUCACGCAGGUGAGAGCCGUUGACCUGGAUUGGGGGGCCAACGGGCAGGUCACCUACUCCCUGCACUCAGAUUCCCAGACCGAAAAGGUAAUGGAAGCGUUCACUAUUGACAGCAACACGGGCUGGAUCAGCACCUUGAAGGACCUGGACCACGAGACGGACCCUACGUUCACCUUCUCCGUGGUGGCCGCCGACCUGGGAGAGGCCUUCUCCCUCUCCUCCACAGCGCUGGUGUCCCUCCGGGUGACAGACAUAAAUGACAACGCCCCCAUCUUUGCCCAUGAAGUGUACCGAGGGAGCGUGAAAGAAAGCGACCCGCCAGGUGAGGUGGUGGCUGUCCUCAGCACCUGGGACAAAGACACUUCUGACAUCAACCGCCAAGUGAGCUACCACAUCACAGGAGGGAACCCCCGAGGGAGGUUUGCCCUGGGGCUGGUGCAGAAUGAGUGGAAAGUCUACGUGAAGAGACCCCUGGACCGAGAGGAGCAGGAUCACUACUCACUCAGCAUCACUGCCACCGACGGGCUCUUUGUCACCCAGGCUAUGGUGGACGUGCGUGUCAGUGAUGUGAAUGACAACAGCCCCGUGUGCGACCAGGUUGCAUAUACGGCAUCAUUUCCCGAAGACAUUGCAUCAGAUAAGCUUCUCCUGAAGGUCAGUGCCAGGGACGCCGAUAUUGGACCCAAUGGAGAUGUCCGAUACUCACUCUAUGGAUCUGGGAACAAUGACUUUUUUCUAGAUCCAGAAAGUGGCGAGUUAAGAACCCUGGCCCCUCUGGACCGGGAGCAGGUGCCUGCAUACAGCCUCACGGCCAGGGCCACAGACGGGGGUGGCCGAUUCUGCCAGGCCCAUAUCCACUUGACCCUGGAAGACGUGAACGACAACCCCCCCAUGUUCUCUUCCGACCACUACCACGCCUGUGUCUAUGAGAACACCGCCACCAAGGCACUGCUGACCAGAGUGCAGGCCCUGGACCCUGACCUGGGUGCCAACCGGAGGGUGGUGUACUCCCUGGCGCACCCAGCCGGCGGCUUCUUCUCCAUCGACAGCAGCUCAGGCAUCAUCGUGCUGGAGCAGCCACUCGACCGCGAGCAGCAGGCGUCCCACAAUCUCAGCGUGCGGGCCUCCGACCUGGGCCCUGGCCAGGCCCUGUCCUCCCUCACCACCGUCACCAUCACCGUCCUGGACAUCAACGACAACCCCCCAGUGUUUGAGAGAAGGGACUACCUGGUGACCGUGCCCGAGGACGCCUCCCCUGGCACCCAGGUCCUCACCGUUUUUGCCACCAGCAAAGAUAUUGGCACAAACGCCGAGAUCACCUACCUCAUCCGCUCUGGGAACGAGCAGGGGAAGUUCCGGGUCCACCCGCAGACAGGUCAGAUUUCUGUCUCAGAAGGCCUGGACUAUGAAGCAAACAAGAAGUUCUACCUGGUGGUGGAAGCCAAAGAUGGAGGCACCCCAGCUCUCAGCGCUGUGGCCACAGUCAGCAUCGACCUUGCAGACAUCAAUGACAACCCUCCCAGGUUUAGCCAGGAUGUGUACAGCGCUGUGGUGAGCGAGGAUGCGGCCAUCGGAGACUCCGUGACUUUGCUGAUAGCAGAAGAUGCCGACAGCCACCCCAACGGGCAGAUCGAAUUUUCCAUUGUGAGUGGAGACCGGGACAAUGAAUUUGCUGUGGACCCCAUCCUGGGGCUGGUGAAGGUGCAGAAGACACUGGACAGGGAGCGGGUGUCCGGCUACUCCCUGCUGGUCCAGGCUGUCGACAGUGGCUCUCCUGCCCUGUCAUCCACUGCCACUGUCAACAUCGACAUUUCCGACGUGAACGACAACAGUCCCAUGUUCACACCUGCCAACUACAGCGCCGUGAUUCAGGAGAACACGCCAGUGGGCACCAGCAUCCUGCGGCUGGUGGUCACAGACAGAGACUCCUUCCACAACGGGCCACCCUUUUCCUUCUCCAUCGUGGCGGGCAAUGAGAAGCAGGAGUUCCUGCUGGAUCCACAGGGGGUCCUGCGCUCGGCUGUGAUCUUCCGGCACACAGGCUCCCCCGAGCAUGUGCUGCGUGUGCAGGCAGCAGACUCGGGCCAACCGCAGCAAGUGUCUCAUGCCUACGUCCGUGUGCGGGUCAUCGAGGAGAGUGUCCACAAGCCCACAGCCCUCCCACUCGAGGUCUUUAUUGUCACCAUGGAGGACGACUUCCCCGGGGGCGUCAUCGGGAAGGUCCACGCCACAGACCAGGACCCCUACGACGUGCUCACGUUCGCCCUGAAGUCGGAGCAGAAAAGCCUGUUCCAAGUAAGCAGCCACGAUGGCAAGAUCGUCGCCUUGGGGGGCCUGGACAGCGGCAAGUACGUGCUGAACGUGUCGGUCAGCGACGGCCGCUUCCAGGUGCCCGUGGACGUGGUGGUACACGUGGAGCAGCUGGCGCGGGAGGCGCUGCACAACACUGUCACCAUCCGCUUCGAGGACGUGUCGGCCGAGGACUUCGUGGGGCUGCACCUGCACGGGCUUCGGCGCAUCCUGCGGGGCACCGUGCUCACCCAAAAGCAGGACAGCCUGCGCGUCAUCAGUGUUCAGCCGGCGGGCAGGGAGGGCCAGCUGGACAUGCUGUUCGCCGUGGAGACUCAAGGCGGCGAGUUCUACAAGCCGGCCUACCUGAUCCAGAAGCUGUCCGGGGCCAGGAAGCAGCUGGAGAGCGCCGUGCGCGUGGCCGCCAUUCUGGAGAAGAACUGCUCGGGCCUGGACUGCCAGGAGCAGCACUGCCAGCAAGGCCUGUCCCUGGACUCGCACGCGCUCAUGACCUACAGCACGGCCCGCAUCAGCUUUGUGUGCCCGCGCUUCUACCGCAGUGUGCACUGUAGCUGCGACGGAGGACUGUGCCCGGGCUCCAGUGACCCCUGCGUGGAGAAGCCGUGUCCAGGAGACAUGCAGUGUGUCGGCUACGAGGCCAGCAGGAGGCCCUUCCUCUGCCAGUGCCCCCCAGGGAAGCUGGGGGAGUGCUCAGGACACGCUUCUCUCAGCUUUGCUGGAAACAGUUACAUCAAAUACCGCCUUUCUUCGAACAGCAGAGAAGACGCCUUCAGGCUGGCCCUGCGUCUGCGCACACUGCAGAGCAACGGGGUUCUGAUGUUCACGCGGGCCAACCCCUGCCUCGUCCUGAAGAUCGUGGACAGUCGACUGUGGUUCCAGCUGGACUGUGGCACAGGCCCUGGCAUCCUGGGCAUCUCGGGCCGUGCCGUCAAUGAUGGGAGCUGGCAUUCGGUCUUCCUCGAGCUCAACCACAAUGUCACCAGCCUGUCCCUGGACGACAGCUACGUGGAGCGCCGUCGGGCACCGCUCUACUUCCAGACACUGCGUGCUGACAGCUCCAUCUACUUUGGGGCACUGGUGCAGGCCGACCCGGCCCGCAGCCUGGCCGAUGCACACAGCACACAGGUGCUCAGCGGCUUCCAGGGCUGCCUGGAUGCGGUGGUGCUCAAUGGCCACGAGCUGCCACUGCAGAACAAACGCAGCAGCUUCGCCGAGGUGGUGGGUCUGACUGAGCUCAAGCUGGGCUGUGUGCUCUACCCGGAUGCCUGUGCACGAGGUCCCUGCCAGCAUGGGGGCAGCUGCAGCAGCCUGCCCUCCGGGGGCUAUCAGUGCGCCUGCCAGUCCCAGUUCACUGGGAGCAACUGUGAGUCAGAGAUCACGGCCUGCUUCCCCAACCCCUGCCGCAACGGAGGCUCUUGUGACCCCAUAGGAAACUCAUACACCUGCAGCUGCAGAGCUGGUCUCACCGGAGCCACGUGCGAGGAGGACGUGGACGAGUGCGCGCGGGAGGAGUGUGAGAACGGGGGCGCGUGCGUGAACGUGUUCGGCUCCUUCGUGUGCAACUGCACACGCGGCUUCGUGGGCCCGCGCUGCGCGCUGCGGCCUGUGCUGGUGCCGGACAUCCAGGCGGGCCCGGCGUACGUGGGCAAGGAGGAGCUGGUGGGCAUCGCGGCCGUGCUGCUGGUGCUCCUGGUGCUGGUGGCGCUCUUCGCCGCCCUGCGCAGGAAGGUCUUCCGGCCUCACUACUCCCGCAACGACGCCACGCUGGUGCGGGACCCCGCGGCGGCCGCUCUGCUGCGCAAGAGCAACGGCGGCCCCUUCCGCGGCCUGCGAGCCCCCCGCAACGUCUACCAGGAAGUGGGGCCGCCACAGGUGCCCGUGCGCCCCAUGGCCUACACCCCCUGCUUCCAGAGUGACUCCCGCGGCCACCUGGACAAGCUGGCGGCCGAGGCGCUGGGCGCCGAGCACCAGGAGAUGACCACCUUCCACCCCGAGUCCCCACGCAUCCUCCCCGCACGCCGCGGCGUGGCCGUCUGCAGCGUGGCCCCCAACCUGCCCACCGUGUCGCCCUGCCGCUCGGACUGUGACUCCAUCCGCAAGAACGGCUGGGACAGCGGCCCCGAGCACAAGGCAGCUGAUGAGGCGGGAGACGUGACGUGCUUCACCAGCAGCACCAAAGGCAGCAGCUCCGAGGUGCAGUCGCUCAGCUCCUUCCAGUCAGAUUCCGGGGAUGACAAUGCGUCCAUAGUGACUGUCAUUCAGCUUGUCAACAAUGUCGUUGACUCGAUAGAGGAUGAAGUGUCUGUCAUGGACCCAGGACAGAACUACAACCGAGCCUAUCACUGGGACACAUCGGACUGGAUGCCAGGCGCACGCCUGUCGGACAUCGAGGAGGUGCCCCAUUAUGAGAGCCCGGACACUGGGCCUGGGGCAGCGGGCGCUCGGGAGCUGGAGAGUGACUACUACCUGGGGGGCUACGACGUGGAUAGUGAGUGCCCGCCGCCGCCCGACGAGGACUUCCUGAGCCGGGACCAGCUGCCGCCACCACUGCCUGAGGACUUCCCGGAGCAGUACGAGCCCCCGCUCAGUGGCAGCCUGAGCCCAGGCCGCAGGCACCGGGCUCACUUCCACCCCAGCCAGUACCUGCCGCCCCAUGCCUUCCCUCAUGAACCCGACCCUGCUGGCCCAGCAGGGGCCCCCUGUGACUUCAGUACUUUCACCAUGCCUGUGUGCCCAGGUCCCGAGUCCAGGCGGCCCCCAGACAGCCGCAGGGGCACCUCAGUCCCCCACGAGCCCCAGGACUGCAGCAGCGACAUGGGGGCAGAGCUGGGCGGGGACCACCUGCAUCCUCCCUUUCUGGAGGUGCAGCACCAGACCCAGGUGUAGGACCGGGGCUCCCUGGGACGGACUGACGAGAAAGGCGAACGGGCGCUGGCUGGGCUGGCCAGUGGGGGAAGCCAAGGCGCAGAGAACAGGCGGGCCCGGACCUGAGUUCGGAGUGGCCCGUGGACCCUGCGGGGCGCCCCACCCUUCACCAGCACACAGGCACCCAGGUGUGGAGGGAGCAGUGGGGCCCCCCCCAGGCCUCGGGUCCUGCUGGGGGGUCACUGCGGCGUCGCGUGGGGCGGGGGGAAUGAAGGUAGUUUCUAUGGAUGCAAGCUAGUUUCGUAGGCAAAAGAGAAACGUGUUAGUGGAUGAGUAAGAAAAUGGGCUGAAGCCGUUAAAAUCAACUUUUAAAGAAUUAAGCUGCCUGAUUUUCAGCUAUAAAAAAAAAUUAGGUUUGGAUAAAAUGUUUAGUAUGCUCGGUAAUUCCUAUUUGCUUCUGUUAAGCAUCCAGUGUCACAGAGUCAGGUUUUCUGAUCUCUGAGGAAAAUGUCCGUGAAGAGCAAUACAAGGAGAUUCAGGGUUCAUUUGUGGGUGGGGAGAACGUCAGUGUCUCAGCAUGAGAGGAGUGUGAUUAUCUGUGUUUCCCAGCAAGCGUUCCUGACUCUUAGGCGGACUCUAGCCCUGCGACAGAAUGGCUUUGCUGUGAGAGUAGAAGCUGAACAGGAAAAGCUUGUAUUUUAGUAUGUUGUUCGCUAGAACAACAGCCACUUAGAUGCAUAAUCAGAAUUCACAAAUUGUCCACAGGAGGAGACUCGGGGGUAGAAAAGACUCCCCGAGUUCCCACCCAGAUAAUCACAGUUCUCCAUGUGACAGAUAAGAGGUCCGUAUCAUUUGGCUUGUGCCACUGCUGGAACGGGUGGACAGUCCCCAUGUUCGGGCAGGAGCCCGGCCCAGCCGUGAUGCUCUCAGAAGAGGCCUGGAGUCUGCAGCCCCGGCCCUGCAGGUGCUCUACCCUGAAACUUGAUCGAGUAACACCAAAUGCCACCGUUUACUCCAGUUGGGUUAACUUUGCUUUGGUACUGCCAUUUAUAUUUCCUAAAAGCAAAACUGCUUUUUUUUAAAAAAAAAUGCAGUCUUUUGUUAGAAUUUUUCAGAACUAAACAACAAUUCCAACAACGUGGAAUGUUUCAUUCCACCCAGAAGCCUCUCCGGGUACGUGUGGAUUUGGGCCACAUGUUUCCCAAGUUGGCAGGAGAAACCUCCAGAACAUGGGAGAAGCCCAGCAGGAAGAGUGUGGAGCUGGGGUCAGCUGGUGACAUGGUGACAACCGAGCACCAUGCAUGUGACAGUGGGAAUGCACGUUUGCACAUCUGCUCCGUGGCAGAUCUGAGUGUACACAGUUUCUGCCGAUGUGGCACUAUCCUCAGUCUGUUACAGCUACUCAGACACUUCCCUUGUUUCUGCUUCUUCAACCCACUUCUUUGUAGGAGUCAGUGUUUCUGAAGAUCAGUGUUAAAAUUCCUUUUCCUUCCCAAAUUCACACACACUUCCAGACCGCCCAGCCUCUCUCGCUCAGACCCCUCAUGGAAGCUUGCCCACACUGUGGUCUUGAAAUAAAUGAAUCUCACUCAGGCUGCUUUUGAGAAAUUACGUCUUCACUAGUUUAAUUAUGUGAGAAGCACAUUUGCAACAAGCAGAGAAAACGAUGAAUUAAUGGUCUAACAGAGUCACUGCUGCACUUGCAAACAUGCAGUGAUAUAAAGGACAUCAAAGUAAAACCAACCCUCUGUCCCUCCCCCGACACAUGGCUGCUCCUGGGGAGAAGACCAUAGGCCUCUGGAGGAACAGAAGUUCUGGGAAGAUGGCCUACUGCCCCGAGCUAUGCAAACCGUCCUCUGGGUCAUGUUCUGCCUCUGCAGAGGCUGCGCAGCCACCAUACCCCCACCCCCACCACACAUACACACACACACACUCACACACAUGCAUGCACGUACACACACGC